AUGAUAAGUCUUCCCUUCAUGGUCGCUUUUAGAAUCUUUCUCCUCGCGGCGAAUCCUUCCUCUAUCAACGAGCUAGCAGGAGCUAUUGGCUUACCCUUCCACGGGCGCUCCUUUGGGAGCUUCGGACCCAAGAACUCAGCAGGAAUCCUGAAAUCUCCUCGGGUAGUCUUACUUUCUGUAACACAAGCUGCAAGAACUUCGUUGUAUUCUUGGGUAAUGAUGGCAAGAACACCUGCUAGCUUUGAAGCUAGUGUCGUCAAUCGAAAACCGUCCGCUGUGCGGAAGGUUGCUCCUUUCCCCAUCUUCUUAAUCGGUCUUCUUGGACUCCGCAACUCCCAUGGAGCAAGAACUAAUGGAUUUAACGCACCCGGACCCAAAUGUCAAUUUUAUGAGCUACUCGACGCCGAAUUAGUUUGCUUGCGUGAGCGAUUUUGCGUUGGGGAAGUAGGAGUGCGCCAGUUUGCGGCCUUGGUCUCGAAUUCGGGAUCAACUUCCAUGAGCCAGUUGUUCUCGAAUGUGCAGGAAAAGCCCAGAUUUCAUGCCUUUUCAGGAAAGCUCGACGGAAUGAUCAAAGUUUUCAGUUUUGUACUUCCAUUCGUUGUCUCCAGGACAGGCGGGACUUGGCAUUUUCCUCGGAUAUUGUGGCAGUGA